AUGCCAAGUUAUGUGAAUUUUAUGAAAGAAUUUUUGUCGAAGAAAAGGAAGACAGUGGCACUUAUUGAGGAGUGUUGUGCGACACUUCAGAAGAAACAACCUCCAAAGCUUAAAGAUACUGGUAGUUUCAAUAUUCCAUGUUCUAUAGAGGGUUCUAUAGAAACAAAGGCUUUAUGUGAUUUAGGGGCCAGUGUGAAUCUAAUGGCUCUAUCAAUCUUUCGGAGAUUGAAUUUGGGAGAAGCUCAGCCAACUACUGUGUCUUUGCAGAUGGCAGAUAGAUCAAUUAAUCAUCCUCGUGGAGUGAUUGAGGACGUAUUGGUGAAAGUGGGUAAAUUCAUUUUUCCUACGGAAUUUAUUAUUGUAGAUAUGAAGGAAGAUGAAAAUAUUUCAAUAAUACUUGGAAGGUCAUUCUUUGCUACUGGUAGGGCUUUAAUCGAUGUACAAAAGGGUGAGUUAAAGUUGCGAGUGGAAAAAGAAGAAGUAAUAUUUAAUAUUUUUGCAGCAACAGAAAUUCCAAAGUGUUGUGGAGUUCAAGUGGUAAACCAAGGAGAGAACAAUUUGAAAGUCUCUAAGAAAAGAACCAUAGUUAAAAGUGGAAUGCGAAAGGGGCAUCAUCAGUUAAAAAUGUUCUUUAGUGAAAGGAUUCGAAUGUUAUAUGAGUGGGGGAAAGUUCCACCAAUUUCUAAUCACAAGAAACGAGGGCCAACUCAUGAAACUAUGGCUUUCAAGGACGUGAGGGGAGGACUUGAUCCAAGUUGA